AUGCUGUCGAGUUUGUUGCGGCGCAAAAGCCACAGUGCUAGUUCGGCAGAUCAUGGCCGCGGUGCUGCGGCUGACGAGGAGGCUGAUCAAUUGGGGGCGUUGCCCAAUCUCACCGUGGAUGACACCUUUGACGAUUAUGUGCUCUCCGUGACGAUACACUGUUGCAGUCAUCUCCUGGCCAAGGAUCUCAAUGCCAAGAGCGACCCAUAUGUCAAGGUCGCGCUGGACUCGGCCGAAUUCGGGCGCACUCACACCCAGCGCGGUGAGCUCAAUCCCAUAUUUAACGAAACCUUCACAAUCCCCCUCGGGUUUCGCCCCAAAGACGAUGACCCUCGUAUCAUUCAUCUGCAAGUUUUCAACGAGUAUCGCUUUGGCAAGCUGCGGUACACGCUUGGUCACACGACCAUUCAACUGUCAGCCGUUCCCGUGGUUGAGGAUAACCAAAAAGAGGUCGAUCAGCGCGUGCUGCCCUUUGAUCUCUACAUUGAGAAAAAGAAAAUGCGCGUCGUACCGCCCUACCUCAAGCUUGCCCUUCACGGCUCCAUUUGCCGUGUACGAUUGAAAGCGUGGUUAAUGCGCGGCCCAGAUAACGUUACACCUGACGAGGACGAAGAUAGCGAUCUUGACUUCUCCGAUGAUGAGGUUGACAAUGAUGUUCUCGAAACACCCACACCUUCAGAAUUGCCGCCCCCGUUGGAAUGGCCCUUGGCAGAAUCCACGCUACCUUACACCGUCCAUCGGACCAACAAGGAGAAGGGCUACUCAGAAGUGCAGUUUACUGAAUGGACGGACGAAUGGACGCGUGACUUUUCGUACCUGAUUCCCAAGUCAGCUUUGGUCAAGGCCAACCAUGCAGUAGAGCACCAGAAAUACGUCGUGCGCUCCAAAGGCGCCUACGUUGUGGACAUUCAGACCGAGACACCCGAGGUGCCCUACGGCAACAGCUUUUCAACCUUGGUGCGGGUCAUCCUACAAGAAGUCGAUGAGGGUCGAUCCACUAAGAUCAGUGUCUCGGCUGGCAUGAAGUUUUACAAGUCUGUCGUCAUCAAGGGCGUCAUUCAGCGAAGCGCAAAGACGGGCAUGACCUCCACAUACGAGCUUUAUAUCAAGGCUCUUCGAGAUGUGGCCAGCGGUCGGCGCGGUGCCCCCAAGUCCGAGCCCGACGCUGUGGAACAAACUGCUGUGCAUGAGCGUCAAGGCUUCGAUCUUUCUGACUUUGUGUCCCGUUUCUUUUCGUUGGAGAUUGCCGUCGUAUUUCUGCUUUUGACAGUCUUAUUCCUCUGCAUCAUCUGGAGCAACCUCUCGACCCGCGUUAAGGACAUGACCACGCAUAUUGAGCGCCUGGAAGUGAUCGAGCCAACGCGAGCGCAGGGCCUGCAAGCGCAAGCGCACCAGCGCUGCACGGUCUGA